CAGUGCGGCCGCACCUGAGCUCUGCGCCUGCGUCCCACCGGCCAGACCCUCCCUUCCCCUUGGUUGGGUCCCGUGCCCCGCCCCAGGUGGGGGAGGGGGGCGUUGCCCCCUCCCCGCCAAGUGAGUAUCGAGCGGCCUCCCCCGCCCUGCCCGGCAGACAGACCCGCCGCCGCCGCCGCCGCGCCGGCGCCUCAGCCGUCCGCCGGUCCCCACGGCCUGGCCUCGCCACCCCGGCCCCAGGUCCCGGCGUGCACCGCGGCGAACGCUCGGGUGGGAGCCGGCGAGAUGCGUUCGGCGGGCGGCGCCCACUGACCUCCCUCGGCCGCCCGGCCGGAGCAGGGCCGGAGCCGGGAGCCAGCCCCGCCCGCCGCCCCGCCCAUGGGCCGCCAGCCCCCGCAGCCGCCCGCCCGGAGGACCGCGCCGAGGCGGGGAGCCGCCUGAAGGACCGCGACGGCCGCGCCCGCAGGUGCACCUGGAGCGCCCGAGGGCCUGGCCCUGCUUUGUCUGGGAUGCUGCGGGGAGGCGGCCGUCUGAAUCCACAUCGCCUUUUUAAAUGCGUUUUACCAUCCUCUGGACGUUAGAGACCCUCCCUGAUAAGUUGCCUUGUCUCCUGUCUUGAUAACCCUUUACGCCAUCUGGAUGUCAGCAUGGCAGCCACAAACCUGGAGAACCAGUUGCACAGUGCCCAGAAGAACCUCCUGUUCCUUCAGCGGGAGCACGCCAGCACCCUCAAGGGGCUGCACGCCGAGAUCAGGCGGCUGCAGCAACACUGCACAGAUUUAACAUAUGAGCUGACACUCAAAAGUUCGGACCAGACAGGAGAGGGGUCUUCCAGAAGCAGUGAACUAAAGAGAAGAUGUGAAGAACUGGAAGCCCAACUGAAGCUCCAGGAGAACGAGAACAAUGAGCUGCUCAAAGAGCUGGAGCAGAAGAACGCCAUGAUCGCGGUGCUGGAGAACACCGUCAAGGAGCGGGAGAAGAAGUACCUGGAGGAGCUGAAGGUGAAGAGCCACAAGCUGAACAUGCUGUCCAGCGAGCUCGAGCAGCGCGCCAGCACCAUCGCCUACCUGACGUCCCAGCUGCACGCCGCCAAGCGCAAGCUCAUGAGCGCCAGUGGGACCUCGGACGGCAGCCCCUCUGGGAGCCCCGUGCUGGCCAGCUACAAGCCGGCCCCCCCCAAGGACAAGCUGCCCGAAACCCCCCGCCGCCGGAUGAAAAAGAGCCUCUCGGCCCCCCUGCACCCCGAGUUUGAAGAGGUCUACAGAUUUGGGGCUGAGAGCCGGAAACUCCUCUUGCGGGAGCCAGUGGAUGCCAUGCCUGACCCCACCCCAUUCCUGCUGGCCAGGGAGUCCGCCGAGGUCCACCUCAUCAAGGAGAGGCCUCUGGUCAUCCCCCCCAUCACCUCCGACCGUGGCCCGAGCGAGCAGCACAGCCCGGCCCGCGAGAAGCCGCACAAGGCUCACGUGGGGGUGGCCCACCGCAUCCACCACGCCGCCCCGCCGCAGGCCCAGCCCGAGGUGGAGACGCUGGCAGUUGACCAGGUGAACGGAGGGAAGGCCGUGAGGAAGCACUCAGGGACGGACAGAACUGUGUGAGGCCUGCCCCAGGCGGCCCUUCACCUUCGGCUGUCGAUGCACUGUGAGCACUACUAGGAAAAACUCAUCCAUGCUUUUGUUUGUUUUAAAUCCAAUGCAUGCCAAAUUUUUUUCAGACCUGUCAACAGAUUAUUCUUCUCCUGCUCCUCUUGCCCUCUUUACUGACACCAAAAUACGAUCGUGUCCUUGCUGCAGAAUACGUAUUUACUAAUCGCUGUGGCCAAACACCUGUGUGCCGAAUCGCUUGCUUCUAAUCCCACUCCGUGUAACCUCCGUGCGCUCAUGGACAAAGCACAGGCCACAGGCUGCAUCACUACUCAACGUUAAUGAAAUCAGAUAGUCACACGCCUCAUUCUACAGCCAGAGCAAUACAUGCCGACCGACCUUGACCCUCUCGCUCCAGUUUCCAGGGCAGCCCGUCUGGAGCAGCCCCUGCUCCCUCCAGGAGACCCUGUAACCUCCCGACAAGCCUUUCCCAGGGCGGCACGGAGAGCCAAGCAGCUGUAUGUGUGUAUCACGGGAACGAAAUAUGAUGUUACUUCUCAUAUCACUACAACCUGAACGUGUGUUAUUUUUUGUUAGUUUUAUCCAAAGUGUUCAAGAUCCCAACAAACUUUAUUUUCUAAA